UUGGGAGUAACUUGCAUUAAUAUCUUUUGUAAGGGUAGCACGACAGAUCUCACGCCAACGCUGAUCGGUAUUUACGAUUCGCUUUUAGAGCCGGCUAAGAGUCUAAGACCUGAAACGAGUCGCAUAGAAACCGCCAAAGAUGCAAGAAAUGAUCCACCAGUUGCAAACCAAACGCGCAUCAUGACCGACAAAACAAAAGACGAAGUAAACAAUCCAGAUGUUUCAAGAUCCCCACCAAAAGACCCUUCUAAAAUAGCGGGCAGUAUUAAAUUGCCGAUUGCAACUGUAAAUAAAAGUUCUCUUUAUAAUAUCCGAACUAACAGUGAUAAUAAUGGUGCUAGUGAAAUCAACAAACGUGACCUUACACCCAGUGAUAACGUACUUUUUAAAGAACAGAAAUUACAAAGGACUUUUAAAGAAACCAAACAACUAUCUGAAACGACUACAUUUGACAAUCUAUCUCCGAAUGUUAAACGAAUGAUAUCAAGUGCGUCUGAGACUACUACAUUAAAAUUACAAAAGAAAAGUGUUAAUACGAUCCGAUCGUCAACGAGACAUAGGUGUAACAUUCCUCUUGUAGGAGCUACUUCAAAAAUAUCUGGCCAAUCGGGAAUUGAUAUACUGCCAUCUGUAGAAAUAUACGACCAGCCGUGUGGACUGAAAAGCUUACCUAAAGUUGCUGUAGAAGAGAGAUAUGAAUCGCCCUUGAAAAAUGUAACUGUAAAACCAGAAUUUAAAAUAGAUUCAGACCAAACUUAUGAUGUUCCCACGAAUAACAGACCGGCGAUUUAUGACGUUCCUAAUUCAAACAAAACUGCAUUCGAAUCACUAUCUUUGCCGUAUAUUGAUCAAUCUAUCGAACUCUCUAUAUCAUCCAACGAUAGAGAGUUUGAUAUCAAACUCACAUCAAAAGAAAAUUCUCUUCAUAAACCUGUAACAAAGCCUUCACCGAUAGGAUCUCCUGCAAAACUAGCCGCAGCUGUGAAUGUUGAUACAAAUAGCUUACAUAGAAAGAAUUCAAAUACUACAAACGAAACUGCCCAAAAUAAGCUAAUGAAAACAGUGCCUUACCCUGAAGUUAUAGGAUCUACAGGCAACUUGAAAUCAUGUGCGAUACAAGAAAAAGAAGAAGUGACAAGACUAAACCCACCAAUCGUAGAAGUAACGAGGCCCUUGUCAAUGAGUUCCAUUGCAUCUUCAAGUUCGACAUCAAGUAGCGGUGUUCAAACCAAAGGAGGGGUGAACUCCGCUUACCUCGCAUCGAUCGAAAGUUUAGACGACCACAGCGAUGCCGACAUGACGUCUGCUAAUGGGAGCAACAAUUUUGUAAAUAAUGCAGGCAUUUUAAAUGCUAGCGUGUCUAAUGGGGGGUGCUCGGAGAAUAUGCCAAAUCAGCAGACCACGGAUGAGAUGUCUGGAUUGUCACAACUGGAGCGUGUGUGUGCUGAGAUCGUCCAGACCGAAAAAGUAUACGUCGAGGAUCUGCGGCAAGUGGUAGAGGGUUAUUUGCACGUGUGGAGACGCGAUGCGACUUUCUCCGAAGAGGAGCUUUCGGAGUUGUUCAAUAAUAUAGAAGACAUCUACGCGUUUAACAGAUCACUGUGUGAAGAGCUAAACACCUGUCGUCUGGACGCGACCUGCAUCGCUCGAUGCUUUGUCAACAAUACUGCGGGUUUCGCCGUCUACACGUCAUAUUGCACCGGGUACCCUCGUACUAUGGAGCGGUUGGCAUCACUGGCUUCCAAGCCUCAGAGUGCGAGGGAGUUCAGGGAGAGACAGAUGGAGCUGAGGCAUCCGUUGCCACUCGCAUCGUAUCUGCUGAAACCUGUGCAACGGAUACUGAAGUACCAUCUAUUGUUGCAGAACGUGGUGAAACAGUGCGCGUCUCGCGAGACCGAGUACGCGCUAUUGAAGAUGACGGGAAUUGCUCAACACAUCGACGAUAUGAAACGAAAGCACGAGCACGCCGUUCGUGUACAGGAAAUCCAAUCUUUGCUAUACGGAUGGAACGGUCCGGAUUUGACAACGUACGGAGAGUUGUGUGCCGAAGGGACAUUCAGAGUGUUCGGCGCGAAGGCGAUGCGUCACGCCUUCCUCUUCGAUAAAAUGCUUUUGGUAACUAAGAACCGGGAAGACGGGAUACUCGCCUACAAGUCGCACAUCAUGUGCAACAAUAUGAUGCUGGUGGAGUCGAUAGCGGGAGCGCCUCUCUCGUUCCACGUGAUCCCGUGGGACGCUCCCCGCGCUCAGCUCACGCUGCAGGCUCGCUCGCCCCGGCACAAGCGAGAGUGGACUUUGUUGCUUAAGCGGGUAAUUUUGGAAAACUACAACGCUGUCAUUCCGUCACACGCGAGACAAUUGGUGAUGGAGCUGGGACAAAACAAAACUGAUGAUGAUAUGUUAGCGGAGAAAUCUCACAACCUUAUAACCCAAGCAUCAAUGAGAAAACAACUAUCAGCCCCUGAGUAUCUAGAGAAGAGGAAGUUAGAAAGAGAAAGAAGGAAGUCGUUCGAAAAUGGAAUAAAAGGUCGACUGAAAAAAGUAAAUAGAAAAUACACAUUGCCUAAUUCUGGGAACGAGAGUGUAGAUUGUAAUUGUGUUCAGGUAUCGGCCGAGAAAGGGACAGACUAUACUUGCGAUAAUUGUUACAUAGAUCUCUGUUCUGAUUGUGAGUUAGAACUAUCAAAUAAGGAGAAAAUUAGAGAAGGAAAGUGUAAUUGUAACAAUGGUGAUAACUGUGAAAAUACUGGAGAUAAAUGCCCGGAAUGCGAUAGAUCUCUUCAUUACAUUGAUUCUGGUAGUGCUGAGCAUUUAGAAAGGAAACAAGCUUCAUGUAAAUGUUCAGACUUUAAAUCUUCCCAAGAAAGUUUUAGCAAGGAAUAUCCAGGGUCAUCGUUAAAUAAAACCAGAGGAUACCAUUCCUCAGAUAAUAUCGUCGGUUAUACCGACAUCAGGAAAAGCAAAGAAGAUUUGUGUGAUACAAAUAAUUCACUCUCAAGUGUUAGAAAUAUCCCAAAAACCUGUCUUAAAUGUACCAAAAUUAGAGAAAAUAUGCCUGUUACUGAUUCUAUGCAGACACUGCAUACAAGAAGAUCUAGAUGCAUUGAUAUUGAUAAACAUAAGACAGACACUCUUAGAUCAAAAUCAAAGGAUGAUCCACAAAGAUCCAAACUUUCAAAAAUUGGCACUUGGAGAAGAAAAUCGGAACCAGGAUUACAACAAAAUUCUGUUGGAUUAAUUUUAAAGAAAUCACAGGAUAGCGAUAUCGAUAAAAAUGACGGUAAAGGUACCGAAAAAAUUGAAUUCGAAUGUCGGAAUUGUGGUUCUAAUAAAAUAUCCAGAAAAACAAAAAAUAGUGAUGGGUCGAUUAUAUCGGAUCCUGAACUAGAUCUCAAAAAAAGAGGAUCGAGCGUUGGUCACAAACCGAAUUUAGAAAUUAAAAUGUAUAAUACUAAAAAUAUACCAAAGAAAAUUUCGAAGAUCAAGAAAAACAGAGCUAAAGGUUUGCGCGUUACUUCCGAUACAACAAGCCGAUUUUAUACAGAUUUUUCUACUGACGUAUCGACAGAAAACAUUUUGCAUAUAUCCGAGUCUACCGACAAUCUCAACGUAGAAAAACAACAAGCAAGCAAAGUAGAGUCAAAGAUAUUUCAAACGAUCAGUAAAGAUGAGGAUAUAGAUGAAGAAACUUAUAAAAAACUAAUAGAAAAAACUGACUCGUUCAAAAAGAAUGAACUAGAGAAAGUGAAAUUUUUAAACAAACAAAAAGUUAUCAACGAAAGUUCAGAAAUUGAGGACAAAACAUGUGAUAUGGAACAGGGACACGAUGAAAUAACGGAAAGCUGUGAGGAGACAGAACAACCAUUGGAACAAAUUAUAUCACAGCUCUUGUUGGAAAACCGUGAAUUCCAAAAGCUUUUAAAGAAACAACAGCAAAGAAAUAGUGCUCAAAGAAGACAUCAAAGAUUACUUAAAUCUCACUCAAAUCCUGAUCAAGACAUUAUGGCUAAAAGCUUUGAAUCGACUGCCUUAAAACCAAAGUACAUUCGACAAGCGUCAGAAAAUUUAGAACUAAAUACGAUUGAUAGAGAUGACCAACAUGAAAAUAUUAGCCUACCGGACACAAAACAUGAUGAUGACAUAUCAGAUGAUGAUCAUAUUUAUGAAACUUUACGAAUAGAUAACAGAGUAGACGAACGUUUACAUUCAUUAAACAGUAAAAGUAAAACAAUACAACAUAACACACAUAUUUCUAGACCAAAAAGAUUACCUUCUCCUCCAAAUAUGAAUUUACCUGAAAUACGAAAUAAUAUCUCUGAAUCUGACUAUGUAUAUUUAUCAUUUCAUAAACAGUCUCAGGAAGAUGACGGUGUAUACGAUGUCCCAGUAAAAUCACCACAAAAAGUUGGAAAUCCAAAAGAGACUCCAGACUAUUAUGUGACAAUGGAGAAAAAAAGUCCGCCGUUAAAUGAUGAAAAUGUUUACGACAACCUUAUUGAAGUUUGUAGAAGGAAUAAAGAAGUGCCUAGUAAUUUACUGUGUGAUUAUUUACCAAUGAGCUCCGACCAACAAAGUCCGAACACACCCGAAAUUUGGCUUAGUCGACAGAAAGAGCACUUUAAUGUCUCUAGGGAUCGAAAAUCUGGAUCACUACCAAGAAGUUUUCAAGUAGUUACAGGUAGCCAGGACGAGAAUAAUUUAAUAACUUUCAAAUGCAAACCUAAUAGCAACAGCAAAACUUACUUGAAUAGAGAUGGUAAGGUUAUGAGUACGGAUAGACCUUUUACCAUUGCAUCAGAUCAAAGUGAACUAAGUUAUGAAGAUGUAGAAAAUUACAUGAGUGAAAGUGACAUAUUUAAAUUCAACAAAAAUUCCAAUUCCAGUGAUGCUGACUAUCCACAAAAUAUUAGCCAGUCUACUUUAGAGCUAGAGGAAGAAAUUGAUAGAUGCUAUAAAAAUAAUUUUGAAAAGAUUGAUGUGGACACGAACAAAAACGAUACUUCGUUGACAGCAUUGCAACCGAAUUUAAAUACGUCCACUACAUCUUCAUGCGAAGUACUACCGAUAGAAAGAGAAGACGAUAAGAAGGAUGUUGCAGUCAUACAUCCAGAACACAAAAUAUACAAGCCUACUAGCAAUGUCCUCUCCCUUAAAAACGUACUAAGUCGCUUUAAGAAUCGUACUCCAAAUAAAAGCAGCGAAGAGUCUGAAAUUAAUGACCAAAGCAGCCCUGAAGGCACAAACAAGAGUCCAACAAAUGAAAAGAGAUCAGCGCUUAAUCCUAGAAGUUACUCCAAAAAUCUAUUACAAAGGUUUCGAAGUAUAAUUGGCGAUGAACAUCCUGAUGAUGCUCAGUCUAAAUCCGAUCUAAAAGCAAGAGCAUCGGAGGAUGCGCAAAUAGGUCCUUCAAAAACUGAUAUAAAAGUGGUUAUUACUACUGAUGUCAGCACAACUACUUCAACUAUAGCAUGCGCAAUAAAUGAAGUACUUAGUAAAAGCGUGCAUGAAAGUACUACAAUGAGUGAAAGCCAGAUCGAGAGAAACAACUUGGAAGUAUUAUCUCACAGCUGCGACAAUCUUGCUCAGAAAUCAGAAAACCUACGACCCAAUUUUAGUAAAAGCAUCAGUAUGGUCACAAGUACAUCAAGUUCUGUAAGUUCUUCGCCUUUGAGAUCAAAUAACAGCUCUAAUCAAAACCUUAACAAAUUUCCGAGUUAUAUGCAAGGUAGCAAAUACUUAGGAGCUAGAAUUGCUCAGUCUGAUUACGUAGAUCCAACGACAUUAGUUAACGAAAAGAACGCAUUUAAAAAUGUCAAUGUACUUAUAAAUAAAAAUGCUCUCAGACCAGACAGUUUGUUUUCUAAUUCCUCCUUUGUGACAUCAUCGAGUGAGAGUACGUAUCAAGAGCCACAGAAUAAACAGAAUGUUGUUAAAACUAACGAUGUCAAAGAUAACUCUGAAUCGUCAACCCAAGGCAAUUCAGAUGAGAGCUUUUACGAAAAAUCAUUUGAAAAAAUAGAAAGUUUUACUGAUGAAGAUGUAUUUAGAGAUUCCGCUGUUUACUCAGAUCAAGAAGAUGUGGAUGAAUCGAAAACGGAAUGCCUAGAAAAGGAUAAAAUGAUUCAUAAAUCUGUUAAACGAAUAGAAAGCUUGAAACAUAACACUUCAUUUAAAUCUAAAAAAGUUAUCAUAACUGCAAGUACGAGUGAAAAAACAUGCGCAAACUCUCGAGUGACGAUAACAGCUAAUAAAGUUAAGGAAACAUUUCAACAAGAGGAUUCCACAAAUAAUAAACAGUCUUCUCUUAAGUCUAAAAAUGCACCACCUGUACCGAUAAAACCUAAGAUUAGUAAUAUGACAGGAUCUACAGUAUUAAAAAAUAAAACUGCUGUUAAAACAAGUGUUGUAAACCAGUCAUCAUCAUCUUCAGAAUUUGGUAAAGUGCAAACCAUUAAACAAAAUAUUAAUACAAAAACUAUUUUGGCACGAGCAGGAUCAAGUCCCUUGGCCGAGGUAGACGAUAAUAGAAAGGUAAUAGAGAAGGAUACUUUUGAUGCGGGAUCAAAUGCGGAUUCAAAUGAGUCUGCAAAUGAAGUAAAGAAAGAUGUUAAAAUUGUAACAAACAAAUUUAACAAUCAAGGCAAUAUUCAAAUGAAACGAAUGAGUUUCGAAAGGGCUAGCCUCGAUUCAGCUACACGAAAAAUUAAAGUACAAACUGAUAAACGGUCGUCAGUUGAAACAGCAAAAUUAACUACAAAAUCUGUCUUAGAAAGGCGGAUGGAACUCGAAAUGAUGUCAAAAACUGAAACGAAAACAAAUGCAUGUAUCAAAAAGCCCGCGUACAGUGUAAAACCUAAAUCAAUAACUACAAAAGUGGCGUCGUUUGAAAGAAGUGUCAGUGAAAAUAUCAAUAGAGAAUCGAGACAAUUUAUACCGAACAACAACACUGAUAAAGCAAACAUUCCGCUAAAUAGAAGCAGUAUUAAUGAUCAAACAGAGAUUGCAGAAGACCUGAAAGGUAGUUGGGUCAAGCAAGUUGUAAACAAAUUCCAAUGA